AUGGGCCCCGAGUUCGGGAACCUGAUGCGGGUGAGACGCACCAUCUCCUACAACCUGUCUGCGUUGGAGCAGAGAGCCUUCCCCAAUAACUUCACUAAGGGCAUCCCCAAUGUGUUCCGCAGGACACAGGACUCCAUUCUACAGGACGUUCCACCACACCCGCCACCCCCUAUAGCCUUUUACUUCAUCUAUACCUGGGGAACCCAGGAGUUUGAGAAACCAAAGAGGAAGACUUGGAAGAAGUCAAAUAAGCAACACAGAGGGAAGUGCAACAAUCUUGGUUCCCUGUGA